AUGUUGAUUUUUUUAAUUUUUGAAGUUAUAAAUAUUUUUUUUAUAAAUUUUAUUUUUGGCUCUGAUGUCGAAAAUCAAGUUAAGAUUCCCGACGCGCUAACUCCCGAACAAUACAAGAGGGUUGAUGGAUUAUUGACUAAGCAAGAUUAUAUAAAUUAUGAAUUAAAAGACCAACUAAAAACGCUUGGGAAAUUAAAUCAUAUUCUCUCGGGUUCCAACCUGGGCACAGGUAAUUCGGCUGAGAAAUUAAGAUAUCAAUCACUCAUCAAUGAUGACUCUCUCAUUUUCAACCAGAGUACGGUGUCUGGUAUGGAAGCGCCUGUGAUAUAUCUUGAGCCUCCAUUAGUAUUACCAAAGGAGCAAAUUAAGACGGAUGAGGAGGUGGAAAAGUUCCUAAAAGCCUCAGGACUUGAAAAUAUCACCAAAGAUAUGUCCAAUAAUCCUUUCAACAUAUUAACAAUUGAUGAGGCGAAGACAUCGGAAAGGGCUGUGAAAUCGAGAAUUACUAAGCUAAAAUCUAAGCGUGAGGAACUGUUUGAAAAGAUGAGGAAAAUGUCACUGGAAAGUACUGGUGCGGGGACGUACGAAGAGUUCAGCAAUCUCAACCAGAGGGUUAAGAAACUUGAUAAUAUUUUAAAGGCGGAAAUUGAAAAACUGACACAAGUCGAACUCGUCAAAAAAGCACUCAUCAACAAGAGAGGGCCUGGGAGUGAUGUGGAAGAGCGGGAAAUGGACCUUGAGGAGAAGGAAGAAGAAAUGGAACAUGACCAACAAAAUGCCGAACAAAAUGAAAACAACGACGAAAAUGAAAAUAACGAAGAAAAUAAUGAAGAAGAUGUGGAAGAUGAGGAAGAAUAAAAUAAAUAUAUUAAUGAUAUAGUGUGUGUCUCAUGAUAAA